AUGGAGAAGGAAAUACAAUAUGGUGUCCCAUCAUCCGACCUUGACACGGUUCCUAUGCAGGGAGAUGAUAACUAUAACAAAUCAAAAGCAACAUUCUGUAACGAAGUCCGGAACAAUAAAACCAUCCAGUUACAGGUUGCACGAAGCGUGUGCGUUUCUACUGCUUAUAUGAUUAUGGGCUGGACUAAAGGCCAGAUCGGACCCGCCUUCCCUGAUAUCAUGAUGAUCGCCGGAGCAGAUCUUGAAAAGGGAUCUGCUUUAAUGACUUCAUUCUACACAGGUCAAUUAUUCGGCUCCGUUAUGGCGGGAUUCAUUUACUCAAAAAUGAACAAAUACCUUUUAUUUGGUUUUGCCUUGGUACUGUACAGCCUAACAGUUGUAGUCACUCCCUGGUGUUUUCUCUACGAACUGAUGAUAGCUGCAUUUACAUUUCUUGGUGUUUGCGGUGGGAUUGUUUGUGUUGGUAAGUUAUCGUAUUCUCUUCCGACAUAUCAAUUCACCUUUCACAGUUCAAAAUAUCUAACGCUGAUCAUGUCAAAUCGUGUUUGUACAUUGUACCAGAGUUAUUAGCUAGGUCAUGUUCUGUUUAUAGUCUGUUAAUGUUCUGAAGUUAGUGUAUCGUAGGGA